AUGCAAUUACGUGUUCUUACAUUGAAUAUUUGGGGUGUUCAUUAUGUUUCAAAAUUGAUUAGUCAACGUAUUCAAGCUUUAAUUGAACAUUUAAUAGAUCCUGAUACAAAUUAUGAUAUUAUUGGAUUACAAGAAGUUUGGAGUAAAAAAGAUUUUAUUUAUUUACGUGAUCAAUUAAAAAUUAUAUAUCCACAUAGUUAUUAUUUUUUAAGUGGUCUUAUUGGUUCAGGAUGUUGUAUGUUUUCAAAAUAUCCAAUUAUUGGAGUCUAUGAACAUCGUUAUACUUUAAAUGGUUUUCCACAUAAAAUUCAACAUGGUGAUUGGUUUUGUGGUAAAUUAAUUGGUCUAUGUAAAAUUCUUGUUAAUGGAAAGAUUGUCAAUGUAUAUAAUACACAUUUACAUGCCAAUUAUCAUCAUGUUAUACCAAAAGAUAUUUAUUUAGGACAUCGUGUAUGCCAAGCAUAUGAAUUAAUUCAAUUUAUUGAAAGUACAUCAUCAGCUGAUACAACAGAUUUAACAAUUCUUUUAGGUGAUCUCAAUUUAACAACUCAAGAUUUAGGUUUUAAACUUAUUCGAGGUAUUCUUCAAUUAAAUGAUUCAUUUCUUCAUCGUAUUAAUAAAGAUGUUUUUGAUCCAACUGUUGGUAAUAAUGGUUUAACAUGUGAUUUACUUGAUAAUCCAUAUGUUACUCCACAUCCUUAUCAAGGUGAAGGUGAACGAAUUGAUUAUAUUCUCUAUCGAUCACGAAAUGAUAAUGUUAAAUGUCUUGAAGCAUAUCCAACAUUACAUAAGGUACCAAAUAAUCCAGCUGGACUUCAUUAUUCUGAUCAUUUGGCUAUUUAUGCUUUAUUUGAAAUUGAUGAAAAAAUUCCAGAAAAAAAUUCCAUUUCACAUAAAAAUAUUGAAAUACUUGAUGAAGAAACCCAAAAUGAUCUUCGUGCAGCUUGUAUUAUUGUUCAACAAUCAAUUCAACGUGCACAACGUCAUAGAUUAUUUUGUAUUUUAGCAGUUAUGAUUCUCAUAUUUCUCUUAUUCUCAUUUAAUAAUUAUUUAUUUACAAUAUUAAUUAUUUUUAAAAAUCUUUUUUCUCUUAUUUGUAUCGCAAUUUGUAUUUGGUUCAUAGGCUUAGGCAAACCUGUUGAACGAAAUGCAUUAAGUUCAAUACAUAAUGCAAUGCAUUUACGCUUACGUUUAUCUCAAUUUACUUAUUAA